AUGUCCAGCGGAAUUUAUUUAUCUGAUACUCCGAUUAGAAGGGCCCAAGCCUCUGGGAGUCCUCUUCUAAGAAAGAUCCAAAGAGCAUGUAGAAUGUCUCUUCCUGAACCAGAUCUAGCUUUGAAUUUAGAUGUUGCCGAUUAUAUUAAUGAAAAACAGGGUGCUGCUCCAAGAGAUGCUGCUAUUGCCAUCGUUAAUCUAAUCAACAAUAGAGAUGUGCAUACUGCUAUUUUUGCCUUGGCCUUAUUAGACGUCCUAGUUAAGAAUUGUGGAUAUCCAUUCCAUUUACAAAUCUCAAGAAAGGAAUUUUUGAACGAAUUGGUCAAGAGGUUCCCUGAACAUCCUCCUAUGAGAUAUUCUAAAGUACAUAGGUUGGUAUUGACUGCUAUCGAGGAAUGGUAUCAAACUAUUUGUAAACAUUCUAGUUAUAAGGAAGAUUUAGGUUACAUUAGGGAUAUGAGAAGAUUAUUGAAAUAUAAGGGCUAUGCGUUCCCAAAGAUCCAAGCUGAAGAUUUGGCUGUUAUGAGAGAAACUGAUCAAUUGAAAACUCCGAGUGAAAUUCAAAAAGAACAAGAAAUCGCACAGGCCGCCAAAUUGGAAGAAUUAAUUAGACGUGGUAAACCAGAGGAUUUAAGGGAAGCUAAUAAAUUAAUGAAGAUCAUGGCUGGAUUUAAAGAAGACAACGCAAGAAAUGCUAAGCAAACCAUUCAAACUGAAUUAAAUAAAUUAAAACGUAAAGCUGAUUUAUUCAAUGAAAUGAUGUCAACAUCUGCAUCGCCAGAUGUAAGUAACGAAACUAUUGAGGAAUUAUUUAGUGCACUAAAGGGUGCUCAACCAAAAUUCCAAAAGAUUAUUGAAGAAGAACAUGAUGACGAUGCAUUAGUUCAAGAUUUAUUGAAAUUCAACGAUACUGUUAAUCAACUGUUAGAAAAAUAUUCGCUGUUGAAAAUCGGUAAUUCUAGUGCUGCAUCACAAAUCCAUCCUGUUGCAAUUUCAAACACAGCAUCUGACCAACAAACUAAUUCCGGUGCAUUGGCCCACGAAAUAAAUCUGUUAGAUUUUGGUGACGACAACGAUAACGCUACAAAUUCAGGUUCUCCUGCAGUGCAAACUAAUGCGAUCAAUAAUAACACAAAUAGCGCUCCAGUUGACGAUUUAUUAGGGGAUUUGAAUGACCUAACAAUAUCUACUCCUGCUCCAUCUCAAAAUUUUGGUGUAGGUGGUAGCAUCUCAUUGGGUGGUCCAUCUCAACCAACCACCUCAACAACACCCGCUAACGCUAACUCUUUGGAUUUACUCGGCGAAUUGUCUACGACAACCUCCAAUACUACAACUACGACUAACAAUGCUAACGCAAAUUCCUUAGAUUUAUUCGGUGAUUCUACUACUAUAUCUCAGCAAGCACAAUCAACAAGAAUCUUGGUUCAUCAAUCCUCGACAGUUAAGAUCGAAUUCGAGCUAAGCAGAGAAACAAACACAACGAUAAAACUAAAAUCCUAUUUCAGUAAUACAUCAACAUCAAAUCUAACUCAACUGACUUUCCUAGUGGCCAUCCCCAAAUCGAUGAAAUUACGGUUAUUACCACAAUCAACUAAUGAAUUACCACCUUUAGUUCAAAAUGGUAUCACACAAGAAGCAUGGGUUGAUAACUUUGAUGUUAGCUCUGUUAAACCAUUGAAAAUUAAAUGGAAAUUAAAUUAUAUGAAGUCAGGAUGUCCAGCUGAAGAGACUGCAGUAUUUACGUUACCUAAAGUAUAA